GUAUCCCGCAGUCCUAUGGAUGCAGAGCCAGAUAUAUUUGGCGACUCAUUGUAUCCUCCAGUGACCCGUCUGGAAAAUUUCAUUGACAGUGAAAACGACCCAGUUCCUCUCUUAAUGAUAUUUCAGCUGGUAGAAUGAAUCACAGAAGAUUUCACAGAUUUUGAUGCUGCCCCACCUUUGAAUUCUCGUCCAAGUGAAGCAAGCUGAAGCUCAAGGGUGUCUAAGCUUGUAUUUUUAUCUGUAACUGAAGCAAGAUGGAUGGUUAUGCUUGACAAGAUCAACUUCAAAACUAUACAAAAGUGAUACUUUGCUUGCCGAUUUGGUGCACAUACGCUAUUCAUGUAUAUGCCACCCCAUCAGACAAAUAUAUAACAAGGCUGUGUGCAUCACAUGGACCAUAGCAAGGUUCAAAACAGUAAUCACCAGUCGACAAGCACCAAAUACACACAUUCUAUGGGAACAUGGGAUUGGGAACAAAAAAUAAAAGUAAAAAUAAAGCACUUUGAUGCUGUCGGCUCCAAACAGCCGAUAACCUUAGAAAUUAAGGAACGGAAAUAAAUUGGGCCCUACGUCGCUAUCAUCUACGCGGCGUAAAGUACACGUGUUGUAAAACAAUUUAACAAACUUAUCGAGAAAAAUCUCUCGUGAACCCAUUCAUCAUUUCAGCGUACCGAGCCCUAAAAAAAAAAUUAAUCCCAAGAUUUCUCAUUGCUCUUCUCUAAUGGCGGAUCUAAACAAAGAAGAAGAAGAACCAGAAUCAAGACAAGUCGGAGGAGCAGAAUAUAGUUGGUGUAGAGCUGUACCAGGAGGAACAGGUACUACAGUAUUAGCUCUCCUUUUAUCAAAACCUAUAGACAUAACAAUUCUUCAGAAAUCUCUUCAUAAACUUCAAAUUAAUCAUCCAAUUCUUCGUGCUAAGCUCACUUCUUACCAACCUAAUACUUACUCUUUCUUAAUUCCUUCAUCACCUCAUGUUCAGAUUCAAUCAUUUGAUUCUACAGCAACUUCUAACCUUCUUCAAAAAUUAGCUAAUUCUGAGAACAAUUUAUCAUCGUUUCAUCGGAUUCUUGAGCAUGAAUUGAAUCUAAAUGUAUGGGCAGAAUCAGGAUUUGGAGGAUCAGGAUCAGAGUCUGAAGAGGUUGAGGAUGAGGAUGAAUUGGAUUUGUUUUAUGCUACAUUGUAUACAUUACAAGAGAAAUGGGUUUUAGUGUUUCGUAUUCAUACUUCUAUUUGUGAUAGAACUUCGGCUGUGACGCUACUUAAUGAGUUUCUAGGGUUAAUCGGAGAGGAUGUGGUUGAUAUGGGAAUUGAGGAUGAGGUUAAUUUGGCAAUUGAAGAUCUUAUACCUAGUGGGAAAGCUACUAAACCAUUUUGGGCUCGUGGUGCUAAUUUGGUUGGGUAUUCACUGAAUGCAUUUAGGUUUUCGAAUUUGGAUUUUGUUGAUACUGUUUCGAUGCCUAGAUCUUCUGGUGUUGUGAGGUUGCAGUUGACAACUGAUGAAACAGAACGACUUCUUGCUGGAUGCCAGGCAAGAGGAAUUAAAAUGAGUGGAGCCAUCGCAGCUGCUGGAAUGAUAGCAGCAUAUUCAUUGAAAGAGCUCCCUGAUUAUCAAUGGGAGAAGUAUGCUGUUGUGACUUUUGUGGAUUGUCGUAAAAUUCUGGAUCCACCUCUCGAAAGCCAUCACCUUGGAUUCUACUACUCUGGGGUUCUAAACACCCAUGAUGUGAACGGAGGAGCUGAACUGUGGGAACUAGCAAGUAAAUGCUAUGUGGCGUUAACAAAUUCUCUGGAGGCAAAUAAGCAUUUUACAGACAUGGCUGACCUUAACUACCUCAUGUGUAAGGCAAUUUACAACCCUAGCUUGACUCCAUCUUCAUCCUUGAGAACGUCAUUCAUUGCAGUCUUUGAGGACCCUGUGUUCAACAAUUCUAGUGAUUUACAUCAGAAACUAGGUCUUGAAGAUUACAUAGGUUGUGCAUCAAUUCAUGGUGUAGGCCCAUCCAUAGCUGUUUUUGAUACUAUUAGGAAUGGAGCCCUUGAUUGUGAAUGUGUGUAUCCAAUGCCCCUUCAUUCAAGAGAACAGGUACAAAAGCUGAUUGAUAAAAUGAAGAGGGUUCUAAUUGAGGGUAGUUAUUAAUUGAAGGAAGUAGUAGAUGUGUAUGGGUAUUGCCCACACUAAGAAAUGUAUAGUGUAUUAUACUUACUGAUGGACUGUCAUGUAAGUUUAGGUUUCAUUGAAAUAAUCUUCUUGAAGUGUAAGUAGGAUUUUAUAUAGAGUGUCUGCAACUACGUGGUUAUUAAAGUUAGAUGCAUCCUUAUUAAGGCUGUUUGGUGAAAAAACGAUAAGUAUCAAUUGUUUGUCCAAUUCAGUAUUUUUGCUUAUUUGA